AUGAGUAUUACAGCAGUACUUGACCUGAUCACUUGUGCUCAGGCUCCAAAGCAAUGGUGUUGCAAGGAGAGUGAUGGAAGUUUUUCAAGCAUCCUUCGAAAGCUGCCCUGGUCUUCAACUACCGAGGACACAGAUGACUCCGAAGAUUUCGAUUGCUGGGACCGGUAUUUUCCUGCAACAAACAAUCAGGGAAAAAACACAGCUUCUUUGGAGUUGGCGAUGGCCUCCCUAAGAAAGGUUUCGUGUAGCAAGAAGCUACUAGGGGCUCCUGGCCAUACUACUAGGAGCAAUGUUGGCUAUUAG